GACAUGGUUUGCUUAAGAUUGAUGAGGUAUAAAUAACAUGGGAAUAAAACCGAACAUUGCACUGAUAAUUGCGAAGCGAACACGUGCUGUACAUAACAUUUUCUUCUAAGCAAUUUACAUAUCCAUAUGGUAAUACAAUUUUUUGCAUUUCUGAACUAAGAAGCACUAGGAGUAAAGUGAUAAAAAUUUUCAAGUGACAAUCGUUUAACUGUUCAAGGCUCAAAUUCACCGGAAAAUAAAGCUCAAUAGUAAUGCUCUCAUCAAACAUAUGGUGUUUCGUGUGUGUGUUCUUGGCAAUGGCAGUGAAGCUCAUUUUAUGCUUACACACAGUCCCAAUUAAAAACUACGAAAGUUUCGAUGACAAUAUGGAAGACCAGCCGGAAGACGUGUUGAUUGAUUUGAUUACUAGAUACGGACAAACUAUAAUGCGUGCCAGAGAUGAUUUGGAAAACUCCAAGAGAACCGUCGAUUUCGGACUUUCCAGGGGUUAUUCAGGUGCCCAAGAGGCAAAGCACAGAAUGGCAAUGGCUGUAGCAAAUUUUGCUGGUGGUCCUGGACGAAAACGCAGAGUGGAAAAUAGAUUCGUCCAAGAUUAAACUCAUCAAAAAUACAUGGUCUACCGCCCCCAGUACUCGGAAUAUUCUUCCAAUAAGCAAUGGAUUUUCAAAGCAAAUUUAUUAGGAUAUUCCAUACACAUGAGAGUUGGGUGUUACCAUACGAAACCUUAACUUUGCAAUAAAAUUGUUCCAAUGAACCGAAUCUUAUGGCAUUUUGCCAUUGUACCUACAUAUAUUAGUAAUAUGACGGCAGCAAUAAGGAUUGAUAGUUACAAUCGCAGCAGUAAUUUAUAGCACUUUUUUGAAUAAAACUAAGGCUCAAAAGUAUUAUAGUUGAUAAGGUGUCUGAUAAAAAAAAACAAAAAAUGAUAAAUUGAAAGCUUUAAAA